CAACGUCAGACGCCUUCCGUAGCUUUGCGCAUUUCCAGGAUAGCCUACAUACUGUUGCCGGCUGCCAGAGAGCUGCAGUGGAUGAUGUGGUGUAUGCAGGAGUCACGAGAAGAUGAUCAAACUCUGAUGACCGUUUUGAUUGUAUUGUGCUUGUGUAUUAGGUAGGAUUAACUUUGCUUUCUUUCUUCUAAUAUACUUUCUUAAAAAUGCUAAGGUGAAUUAACCAAGAAAAUGUUUUUGUUUGAGCCAACAAAGGGUUAAAUAACCCAGUAUUUUGGGUCUCAACAACCUUCCAUGGGUUAAUUUACAACCAGCAAUUCUGGGUUUGUCUCUUUUUGGUCCAAUGCUGGGAUUAAAAUAGCCCAACUUGUUUAUUGUGUGAUUUGUGUUUCACGUACACGAUCUGUCUAAGUGAUCUUUGAUUAUUGUGAUCCUGAAUGUAAAUGUGGCAAAUAAUGUUAAUGUUAGGGUAACAUCCUACUGCAAAGUUUUAAUCUAAAACACAUUAUUAACUAAACUCAUCACUUCAUGUAUCUGUUUCGUGCUUGAGACUAUCAUUACAAACACAUUCAUUUCUCAAUACAGAGAGAAAUCUGUUGAGACUAGAGAGUGAUAUUUAAACCAUGGAUAUGAGAUCUAACAUUUUGCAAUCUUUGGAGGAUGGAUCAUAAUUUUUUUUAUUUUGUAAAAAAUUCAGUAUUUUUUAGAUGCAGUCAUUAGAUCAUUGUGUUUGGUAUUAUGGCACUAAACUUGAUAAAGUGCUUUAAAAAAAAAAUCAUUUGAUAUGAAAGCGAAUUAAGACUAAAUUUAAGUGUACGUUAUUUUAAAACUCUCUGUUCAUAACAAAUGUAUAUUAUAAAUCUUCUCAACUUGAAAAAGCAUAAAACACAUUGUGGGACAAAGUGUUUGGGGUGUUAACUUCACAGUUUGACAGAAAACAUGCAGGACCUUUGAGCAGAGUGAUAAACACAUUCAGUGUGAAAGAAGAAGACUGCAGCAGAGCUGUGAAGGCUAAACUGACCAUGACCACAAACCCACCAAAAUACAUAUGAGAACUUGAUACGUGUCAGUUCUUCAGUUUAUUUUCCACACACGUCUUCUUCUGUUGAUCUUAAUCUCAAAGCUGUUGAUCAUGAGAUUGCCGCCGUGUAUGUCUUCAGAUCUCUAAUAACUAUUGUUUUUUUUACUGUGAAAAGCAGAUUUAUGUCUUUGGUUUAGUGAUCAAUGUCUCUCUGAAACCUCCAGUCAUCUCCACAAACAAGUUUAAUUUCAAUUAUGUAUUCACUUUUAGCGUGUAUCUAUGCAGGGUGUUCUAUGUGGUGUCCUAAUGUGUUUUGGGUUGUUGUGCCAUAUUCAAGUUUCAAUGACAUUCCCAUGAGAUGUAUAAAAUAAAUACUGUAGGCCUACAUUCAUAUAGUUUAAUGUUUUAGUUUCCAAAUGCACUCAGUCAAUGCAAAAACAAAGUCCCUUAUAGCACACAUCCAGUACAUCUGGGAGACGUCUAUUUGAUGUCUGCAAGAUGUGUUUAGUUUUUGGCUCAUUUGCAAUAUGAUUAUAUUUUGGCAUUUCGCAUAAAUGUACAUUAUUUUCGCAACUGACUUAUUAAACCACAUUAAAAACUCGAAACACAGUGAGUUAGUCCCGCAACUGACUUAAAUGCUCUUCUUAACAUAAACUAUUAACAGGCAGUAGAAGCAGAAAAGAAAGAGGAACUACAUCAUUAUUUGUGGUAAAUGAGCUCAUGGAAAACUCAGGCCUUUAGCAUCUCAAAGUGACACAUGAAACUGACAGAUCAUUUCUACUGAUAUGAAUGUGUUGAUCAUGUGUCCAAGAGCAGAGGUGAGAAACAGCAGACUAUCUGAAUAUCAACAUUAGAAUUUGUACAAUGAAAGUUAAACUUCCUUUACAUUACAAUAUGAGUGGAAUUGACAGUAUAACCGAGGCCUUCUAUCUUUACACUGCCAUUAAUAUUAGUCUGUAUGAACAGUGAAACAAAUGUCAACCUUACCACAAAAAAGUACACGUCUACCAGCGGUUUUUACUAACAGCACAGAUUUUAACAUUUGGUGGUUCAAAUACCAUGUGAGAUCUUUCUUCAAAUUUGUAAAGCUUUUGUUUUAUUGUUAGUGCAUGUUUUUUCAAAUUCAGGUAAAUGCCAUCUUCAAGAUUGUCACAUCAAAACUGUUCAUGUGUCCAUUAGGAACAUGUGUCCUAAUGGACACAUGAAAAUGAGUGUAAAGUAACUCUUUUAUGUUCUAUAUAGAGGCAUCCCUUCUCCAUUCAUUGGAUAUUAUUGCUUCAGGAAUGUGUAUUUUAUUUUACAGAAAUCCUACAAAUUUUACCGUCUCACAAAACGCCCGUCCUUUUUUGUUGCAUGUUUGUUUCCUUUUUUUCAUAUACUGACAUUUUUUUAUUUUUGGACUCUUAUCAACAAGGGUACAUUAAAAUAUAAACAGAUGGUUCAAUAUAAUCUAACAAUUUAAUCUAACUAGAUUUUUUUAUUGUCCGUCAUUUUGAUUGACAGACUCCGUCAUAAUUAAAAUCAUAAUUAAAAUCCGUCAUAAUCUAUUAUUACCCGUCACUAUGGUCCAAGGUGGUAAUUAGUAUGUUCGUGACGUCAUCACGCUGUACUGUCAUCUCGGAACUUGUUGUAAUUUAAAUACAACUGAAUGCCCAAUAAAGCCGUUGUUGUUUAUAUUAAUUUAUAUAUUUAGUCUUUUAAUUCUUAUGUGAUUAGAUCAUGAAAAACCCAACACAUGAUGCCAAUUUAUAUAGGCAUAUUACAGUUUUUGAAACCAUAUUCAAGCCCUUUCCAGAUCAGUUUUUAUUUUGCUCAUAUCUUGUAUGUAACAAAAGUUAUGAGUGAUGUCGGCUGAAGCGCUUCGAUGUUAAGGAACGGGAUUUGGAGAAAAACGUGUUUAAAGUGGUGAAAAUAAAUGGACAGCAGUUAUAACAAGUAAAAGUCUCUUAACAGUGGUAAGAGACUUACUCUAAUAACAAUUUAAUAAAAAAAACAUUUCCUGGUGUUGAAGUCUAUAAAAAUACUGUACAAAACCGUUUGAAUAAAACGAAAGUAAGGAAAAUGGUGCAGCGCACAUUUAAAGAACGAGAGCUCUGCCAUUAUCACUACACAAGGUAAGUGACAAACAUUACGGACAUCAACUAAUAAGCAGUGAAGCAAGUUUUAAGUUGUUUAUCAUGCGCAUAGUGUCUGGACUUUCGAUCAUCACUUGUAUGUUUUGCGAUCGAGGUCCGGCUCGCAUGAGUAGCGGUGCGUUGAUGACUCCGGUGCUGCAGACUGGGAGCUCUGUCAUCUCACGAAAACAUGGUAUAAAAACUUUGCAUGCCAUAGUUUACACAAGACUGUCGGGAAAUGUGCAUUAAUACUUCUUCAUUCUUCAUGUUAUGUGGUUUACUUUGAUAGCAGAUAGUGAAUGGUCUUUCACGCGUCCCAACGCGACAUCCUACGGGUUUUCUCAGAUCGCAUCACAUAUGUCUAGUCAGUAACAAUGACAGGUGAAAACACGCAUGUCGCAUCGUGAACAUAUCACGCUCUAAUGAAGGGAAACGGGGAUUUACGCUUUCCCCUCAUUGUGGUCCGCCAAAAUGACGGACUGCCUUCAGAUAUUUCCGUCAAUGGUAAAAAAAUCCGUCAACGAUAAAGAAUUUUGGGUAAACGCGACUUCUAGGUCAAACACGUACAGGAACAUCUGGACCACGGCCAAUCAGAGGGGGGUCCGCCCUUCACUAUCUCUGAUUGGUUUAGACCACGGUAUGGGCCUAAUGUGUGUAUGUUGUUGAAUCACAGGGAGAUUGCAAUUGCGACCAAAUUUGUUGCACUAUAGAACCCUGCAAUGCAAACGUCAGAUUGUCCUACCAGUUUAAAGUAAACACACAUAAUUAGUUUACAGCGUAAAUAGCCUAUAAGAUUAUCCAACUAGUAUGAAAUAAACAAGUCAAAUAUACCCUGCCAGGUUUCUCGCGAGCAGUGACGACACCAUCGGUAGUCUGUUUAGUAAUUAAAAAUGCGGCAGGAAAUCGGUGAGAAGCUGUAUUUUUAUAUCUCUUAUUAUGUCCGCUGAACCUGCUAUUCAACCAAAGUUUUUUCAUUUAGUCUCAACUGCAUUAUUCGAGAGCGGUCUUUUAUAUGCUAUAUUACUGUUACUUCCGUGUGGGACCUUUACUAAAGCGCUGUCACACAUGCGCACAUAACUGAGAGAUUACCAGUAAAGGAGUUUACAUGCAGAAAGUGUGAGUAAGUGGGAAAAAACUACAUCUGCCGAGAGGAGUGUGUUUACACAAUUUACGAGGUUUCCCUGAUAAAGGAAACGCGUUUACAAGACCUUACUUGAUAUCAUAUUAUUAGGUAUAAUCGGAGUAAAACUGUGCAUGUAAACGCACUCGAUGAUGUGCGCAUGACUGAUAGGUCAAUCUGACGGGUUGGAUACAAUUUCCCGACACCCGUUCCUGAUGUUCUUUAUGGCAGUCGGGAAAAUAAAACGCUGCUCUCGGAUGAAUAAAUAUUAGCUUUAGUUAGAAUCAGCAUUUGCAGUUGCAUAUUGUUUCAAAAAUACAAUUUUACAUUUGACUUCAUGCUCCUGCAUUGGAUUUUUUUAUCUUUUGUUAUUAUUUUAUUACUAUGUCUUGACUCAUUGCGUAAGGACUAAUAAUGCUUCAUGUGGCCUAUUGAUAUUUUUUUGAUGUAAUAUUUGAUGAUUUAAUUCAAAUUACUUUAUCUGAAUCUAUUGAUGUUAUUUUGCGAGAAAUCCCUAAUAGGUUGCAUGUGAUGUGGAGAUCCUUAUUUAGAUAUGAUACAAAAUAUAUAAUAUAAAAUACAUUUUCAAAAGGUAUUUGCACUAACAAGACAUUUAUUUUUUAGUAUAUUUUUCUUCAUUACUCAAAGCUAACCGUUGAGGUUUUUUUGUCAGAUCUGAAUAAAAGUGUAGAUCUGUUGUUCACUCGUCAGUAAAGGGGCGUGAUCACGCUUUAGACUCUCAGCAUCUCCUAUAUUAUAACUCCUCCGUUCUUUCUGUUCGAUUUAUUAUUUUAAUCUGUUCUGAGAACUGUUGAAAAACAUGUCUGCUGUUAUUCUUUUCUGUUUCUUCUUGUGGAGUCUAUCUGGUGUGUUUAGUGAGUUUGUGUCAGUGACUGAAGGAGAUUCUGUGACUCUGUCUGUAAAUCUCACUGAAAAACAGAUGGAGAACGAAAUCUCCUGGAAGUUUGGACCUAAAGACAUUACAAUAGCUGAAACAGAAAAAAAGGGCAAGUUCCCCCGUUUAUAUGAAGAUAGAGCUGAUGGAAGAUUCAGAGACAGACUGAAGCUGGAUCAAACUGGAUCUCUCACCAUCAACAACAUCAGAACGGAUCACUCUGGACUUUAUAAAAUCAUCACCACAAAGUCAGAGACACAACUCAAUAUAUUCAACAUUACUGUCUAUGCUCGUCUGUCUGUUCCUGUCAUCACCAGAGACUCUUCAUCAUCAAGCUCAAAUUGUUCUGUGUUGUGUUCAGUGAAGAAUGUGUCACAUGUGAGUCUCUCCUGGUACAAAGGAAAGAGUUUAUUGUCCAGCAUCAGUGUGUCUGAACACAGUAACAUCAACAUCUCUCUUCAUCUGGAGUGUCUGGAUGAUUCUUACACAUGUGUGAUCAACAAUCACAUCUCAAACCAGACUCAACAUCUCAACACUGAUGUCUGUCACAAGUGUUCAGAUGUCUCUGAAGAAGACCACAUCUGCAAGUGUACUUUUACUGAAGCUGCGAUCCGAUUGGUCGUCUCUGCUCUGGUGGGUGUGGCUGCUGUUGCUGUUGUGGUUUAUGAUGUAAGAUCCAGAAGAGAUGAACAGAAGAAGAGAUCAGAUCAGAAAAUAAGACCAGACAUUGAGUUAAACACACUUGAUUCAGCUGGUUCUUAGGGUCGGCCAUCAUUUGAAUUUGAUAAAUUCUUGAUUGGCAGUUUAAAUUUAGUUUAAGUGUUAAAAAAUGAAGCAUGACAUCAAACAUUAUUAUAUCAAGACGUAUAGUCACAUAUGAUCUUCUUUGCAAGCCUGUGAGGAGUGUUUUGAAGAGAAACGUUCCGUUUUAUUAAUUCUGUCAGAUAACUGGGUUAAGAGAAAAAAUACUACUUCACAGUUUAAGUGUUAUAUACCGGCCUGAGUUCCUGAGAUCUGAUGUUUAAUGUUGCUGUGAUGCAUUCUUGUUUUUCUGUUUGUCCUUGUUUUACAUUUUGACUUGAAAUUGAAUUUGUCCUAAUUUUUCAUCAUCUUGUCAUUUUGAACCUGUAUGAGUUUUUUCUUCUUCAGAACACAAAAGAAGAUAUUUUGAAGAAUGUUAAUAAGUAUAUAAAAACAUUAUACUUUUUUACCCAUCGACCUCUAUUGUAUGGACACAAAACCAAUGCAAGUCAAGGAGUUCUUCAGAAUAUCUUCUUUCAAUAAGUUGACAUCCAUUUAAUAACUUUAAUAAAGAUAAUCAUGUA